GCGGGGUGGGGGUGGGGAGUCGGCACGGACAUGGCUCCUGACUCCAGCGCGGAACAUGGUCUCUAGCGACCGGCCCGUGUCACUGGAGGACGAGGUCUCCCAUAGCAUGAAGGAGAUGAUUGGAGGCUGCUGCGUGUGCUCGGACGAGAGGGGCUGGGCCGAGAACCCGCUGGUCUACUGCGACGGGCACGGCUGCAGCGUCGCGGUGCAUCAAGCUUGCUAUGGCAUUGUCCAGGUACCCACCGGCCCUUGGUUUUGCAGGAAAUGUGAAUCUCAGGAAAGAGCAGCCAGAGUGAGAUGUGAAUUGUGUCCCCAUAAGGAUGGUGCUCUAAAGAGAACAGAUAAUGGGGGCUGGGCUCAUGUUGUUUGUGCCCUAUACAUUCCUGAGGUGCAGUUUGCCAAUGUUUCUACAAUGGAACCUAUCGUCUUGCAGUCUGUUCCACACGAUCGUUAUAAUAAGACAUGCUAUAUUUGUGAUGAACAAGGAAGAGAAAGCAAAGCAGCCACUGGUGCAUGCAUGACGUGUAACAAACAUGGGUGUCGACAGGCUUUCCAUGUGACAUGCGCUCAGUUUGCAGGACUUCUUUGUGAAGAAGAAGGUAAUGGUGCAGAUAAUGUCCAGUACUGUGGCUAUUGCAAAUACCAUUUUAGUAAACUGAAAAAGAGCAAACGGGGAUCUAAUAGGUCAUAUGAUCAAAGUUUAAGUGAUUCUUCCUCCCACUCUCAGGAUAAACAUCAUGAGACAGAGAAAAAAAAAUAUAAAGAAAAAGACAAACACAAACAAAAACACAAGAAGCAACCAGAGCCAUCUCCAGCCUUGGUUCCCUCUCUGACUGUAACUACAGAGAAAACUUACACAAGCACUAGCAACAACUCUAUGCCAGGUUCACUGAAGCGCUUGGAAGAUCCGGCAGCUCGAUUUACCAAUGCAAAUUUCCAGGAAGUCUCGGCCCACACUUCAAGUGGAAAAGAUGUUUCAGAGGCUAGAGGGUCAGAGAGCAAAGGGAAGAAGUCUGCAGGUCACAGCUCAGGUCAGAGGGGAAGGAAGCCCGGUGGUGGAAGGAAUUCAGGAACAACGGUAUCAGCAACUAGUCCUUUUCAGCAAGGCAGUUUUGCAGGAACUCCUGGCAGCGUAAAAUCAUCUUCGGGAAGUUCCGUUCAGUCACCCCAGGAUUUCUUGAGCUUUACUGAAGCAGAUCUCCGCAGCGACAGCUAUACCCACUCCCAACCGCUGUCGUCCACCAAAGAUGCACACAAAGGAGAGGCUGGAAGCCAGGAAAUGGGGGGGAAUAGUUUUACUUCUUUAAUCGGCCUCUCUUCCACCUCAGCUGCCGUUGCCCAGACUAAAAACUUCGACAGCUCACCCGGAGAUUUAGGCAACGCCAGCCUCACUUCAGCAGGAUAUAAGCGAGUUCAGCCUUCCGGCCUUGAAGAAGACACUAUUAAGGAAAAGAAACGCAAAGGAAGUAAGCAAAGUAAGCACGGACCUGGGAGGCCUAAAGGAAACAAAACCCAAGAGAAUAUCUCCCACCUCUCGGUUUCUUCUGCUUCACCGACGUCCUCUGUAGCAUCUGCUGCGGGAAGCGUAACCAGUUCCAGUCUCCAGAAGUCACCUACGUUGCUCAGGAAUGGAAGUUUACAAAGUCUUAGCGUCGGCUCUUCUCCACUGGGUUCAGGUAUUUAUAGCAGCAACGAUGUAGCAGUCUCAUUUCCAAAUGCAGUAUCUGGGUCAGGAUCCAGCACCCCCGUUUCCAGUUCUCAUUUACCUCAGCAAGCUUCUAGUCACUUGCAACAGGUGGGGACUUUAUCUCCCUCGGCCACGGCGUCUGUCACCACUGUUGUCGCUACAACUCAGGCAAAUACCCUACCAGGAUCCUCCCUUAGUCUGGCUCCACCUCACAUGUAUGGCAAUAGACUAAAUCCCAAUUCAGCAAUGGCAGCACUAAUGGCGCAAUCUGAAAACAGUCAAACAGAUCAAGAUCUCGGAGACAAUAGCCGCAGCCUUGUUGGCAGAGGAAGCUCCCCCCGAGGCAGCCUCUCCCCCCGAUCUCCUGUAAGUGGUUUACAGAUCCGCUACGAUCAGUCAGGCAACAGCAGUUUGGAAAAUCUGCCUCCAGUAGCAGCCAGCAUAGAGCAGCUUUUAGAGAGGCAAUGGAGUGAAGGACAGCAGUUUCUACUAGAACAGGGCACCCCUAGUGACAUUCUAGGAAUGUUGAAGUCACUACACCAACUUCAGGUUGAAAAUCGGCGACUGGAGGAACAGAUCAAGAAUCUGACGGCUAAAAAAGAACGCCUUCAGCUGUUAAAUGCCCAGCUUUCUGUUCCCUUCCCAACAAUAGCAGCAAAUCCUAGUCCAAAUCAUCAAGUACAUACUUUUCCAGCCCAGACUGCUCCUCCUACGGAAUCCUUAAACAACAGUAAGAGCCCUCAUGUUGGAAACAGCUUUUUACCUGACAACUCUCUUCCUGCAUUAAAUCAGGAUUUAACCUCCAGCGGACAAAGCACCAGCAGUUCAUCGGCUCUCUCCACGCCACCUCCUGCGGGGCAGAGUCCAGCCCAGCCGGGCUCCGGAGUCCCGGGAGUUCAGCAGGUCAACGGCGUGUCAGUGGGGGCACUGACUAGCGGAGGCCAGUCUGGAACCUCCUCCAUUCCGGCCGGGCCGGGUGUCGGGGGGAUCAUGGGCACUCUGCCGGGCAACCAGCUGGCAAUCAGUGGGAUCGUAGGGGCUUUAAACGGAGUCAUUCCCACCCCUGGUACGGUACCCCAGAACCCCGCGCCCCUCACCCACUCAUCCGUGCCCCAGAACGCAACACAUCCACUGCCAGCCACAUUGAGUAAUAGUGCCUCAGGACUAGGAUUACUCUCCGACCAGCAAAGGCAACUUCUUCUCCAUCAACAGCAUCAGCAAUUUCAGCAGUUGUUGAAUUCCCAGCAACUCACACCGGAACAGCAUCAAGCCCUCCUGUAUCAGUUAGUCCAGCAACAGCAUCACCACCAACACCAUCACCAGCCUGAGCUGCAACAGCUCCAGAUCUCUGGCCCAGCCCAGAUCCCCAUCACUAACCUGCUUGCGGGGACCCAGGCCCCUCCGCUUCCGGCAGCCUCCACCAACCCGUUUCUCAGCCUCCACGGUGACGGCGCGACACAGAAAGUAACCAGGCUUAAUGAUAAAACUGGGCCUGUCACACAAGAAAAAAGUUGACCUCUGAGAAGUGGUUGGACUGCUUUUUCCUGCUGUUCUAGCACUUCAACUAGCUGCACAUUGCAGGCUUCCUCUCUGCAGCUAGGAAGAAAUGCAACAAGGAAUUAACUGCCAGCAAAGGAUUAAUCAUCAUGGGGAUUUUCUCGUAAGGCUUUGAUUUGUUUUCUUGUUGCUUUGUUGCACUGAAAUGGAGCUUUUUUUUCAGAUUUCAUGGACUUUGAAAGGAAAAAAGUAACUAUUUUUGUUAGUACAACAAUUUGCAUAAAAUGAGUGUUUCAAUCAGAGAGAAAAGUGCUGGAGUUGAUGCUCAGCUAGUUGUCUUGCUACAGAUUGGCGUGUUGACAAACCAGAGGAACGCCAGUCACAGAUACAAUCAGUUCUUCCAUAAUGUGGGGCUUGGCUACGUGUUUUGGGUAGAACCAGAUCGCAGAGUUGGGGCGUGACUUUCUGACAGCCUGCACCUUUCUGAAUAGAAAGCGACGCUCGUGUUGGAAGAAAAGUGUAAGUAUCACGGCACGGGCGUUCCUUAGCCCAGGAAUCCUUGGGCACUCCCCCCCGCGCCCCCCCCCCCCCCCCAAACACCAUCACCCCGAUUUCAGUUGACGUUUGUGGGUGAGUCAGAACCGACCCCUGACCUUGGACUGUAGGUAGGGCAGGCCCUCUGAGCUACUGCUGGUGGAGGACCGUCAGGUGGGGUAGGCCGUGAUUCUGAUGCUCAUGUUGACCGCCCCCCCCCCCCCCCCGGCUCGCCAGAUGAUGAUCUUGAGGCCUCCAGAGGUCAACUCAAAUGGAAAGGAUUUGGACCGCACGAGAGAGAGAGGGCCUCUUGGAAAAGUACUGGUUGUUUUUGGCCUAAACCAAGUGCCUGUCAGUAAUGGCUCUGGGCAGCCCAGUGUGCACUAGGCAAGUCCUUGGAAGCAGGCGGGAGAGCCCACCCUGCACCAGCUGCCUUCCCCGUCGCUCUGCCUUUAUGAAAAAUUUCUAUGCCACUGUAGAUAGCUCAGGCAAACCUAUUACCUGGGCCUGUUUUCCGCUAACGAGUCGCCAGCACAGUGAGUGGAUUUAGAUGGAUGCUCCGUUUUAUUUAAACGUCUUCCCGUUCCUGCCAGGGAAUCAUCGCCGGGGUCGAAACAGGGAAAACUUGUUCCAACCCUCCUGGUCAGGGCCGCUGAGCUCCUGGGGCGAGCGUGUGACAGAGUCAAUAUUAAACACUCGGGGAGAUAACCACUGAACUGUACUGAAAUAUGUGACUUCUUAGUGGAAAGGCCCAGCUGUAAUUAGACCUCCACUGUGUACUUAGCUGGAAGAGAGCAUGUUAAUUCUGCAAUAUGUCUCUGGUUAAAUGUUGCACAGUUCUUACCUCAUUUCUGUAAAUAAGGUUUUGUGAAAUUGGGUUUGUUUUGUAUGGUGAAAAAAUUAAGAAGAAAUCAUUGCUAUUUUGAUUUGUAAUAUUUCUAAUUGGUAGAUUAAAUUGAAAAAGAAUAAUUUAUUUUUAUAUGUGCAGGGGAAUUUAAAAAAGUCACAAAUCAUUUUUGUAGAUACUUUACAAGAACCAAAUCAGUGUGGUUUAUUUUACCAAACUCACUGGUUGCUAUCCUGUAACAAUUUGUAUAAAUGGUUUAAAAAAAAAUUGUGCCGGUAUUUUACCUAGAUGUAAAAUUACAAGUGUAUGAAAAGAAAUGUACAAAGGUUUUGUUAAUAAAUUUUAAUGAUGUUUAUA